AUGAUUAACGAACGUAGUUCUGCACAAGCAAAUACCCCUACAUCUGCUAGCAUGCAGUAUGGUUAUCCAACUAGCCAUUUUGAUCUUAUGAAUCUCCCACCAAUACAAAAUCCAAAUGAAAUGUAUUCCUAUUAUCCUCCAAGUCUUUAUCAACCAUUUGGACAAUUUGAAGAGCAUAAUCAAUGGGGAACGGGUGAUACAUCAGGAAAUGUUCCACCACCUCCACCUGGAACUAUGCAAUUUCAUCCACAAAUGUAUACACCAUCACCACUCGAUAUACCUCGUAGUCCAUUUGAUUAUCCGCCUCCACCUCAUGCUUAUCCGCAUUAUCAUCCAGCUUUUACACCUUCAACAUUUCCUGGACCACCUUCAACGGGAACAUCAGCCUUUGAUAUGUCAUGGAAUCCACAUAAUUUAUCUAUGCAACAAAUGCAAGUUGCAGCUCAACAACAAAUGACACCUAUAGGUGGUGGACCAGCUUCGAAUAAAAAACCAUCAGUUUAUGAUGAAUAUCCAUCUGGAGGUGUUGGUGAUAUGCUUGCUCAACAUAUGAAUGCAGUUGAUCUAGGAAAUAGUGCAAAUAAUGAUGAUACACAUAAUUAUGACAAUGGAACAAAUGAUAGUACACAAAAUGUUAAUAUGUCAUCAUCGAAAGACCAACAGCAUUAUCAAACAAAUAGUAGUAAUCUUUCAUUAUCAUCACGUCCAUCUCAAGCACCUUCAUCAUCUGCAUCAAGCGGUCCAAAAUCAUAUGCAUCCGUCGUAUCAUCAGACACUAUUAAUACAAAUAGCAAUAAAUCGACUCCAUCCGUUCCUCAUAUACCUGUUCGUUCAACAGUACAAUCGUCAGCAAAUGAACGUAAUAAUCCGACAUCAAACUUUUCUAAUGACUCUAAUAAUUCACGUAUGAAUACAAAUGUAAGAGGAAAUAAUCAUAAUAAUACGAAUAAUUAUUCUCAACAAACACGUAAUGGUACAAGUGGAUACAAUAAUUCUCGUAAUCAACAACAACAACAACAACAACAACAGCAGCAGUCAUCCACUAGUGGAGGCUUUUUGAAUUGGACAAAUAAUAAUUUAUCAUCGAAUUCUCGUGGUGGUGGUGGUGGUAAUAAUAAUAAUAAUAAUAAUACAUCAUCGAACUAUUAUAAUAGUGGUUCAUCAAAUUACUAUGAUCGUUCAUCCUAUUCACAACAACAAACAUCAUCGUAUAGUAAUAAUAAUAAUAAUAAUAAACGACAAAAUUCAAAUUAUCAACAAAAUUAUUCAUCAUCUCGAACAACAAAUAAUAUGAGUAAUGGUAAUCCUACAGCAUCAGCCGUUGGACAACAACCAAUAUCUGCUGCUAAUCAAGAAGUUCUUGAUGCACUUAAAAAAAAUCAUCAAUAUAAUCCAAAAGAUUUUAAUUUAAAUCCUAAAGGAGCCAGAUUUUUUGUUAUUAAAUCCUAUUCUGAAGAUGAUGUACAUCGUUCAAUAAAAUAUAAUAUUUGGUGUUCAACUGAACAUGGAAAUAAACGUUUAGAUGCUGCAUUUCGUGAACGUGAAGGCAAAGGAGCGAUCUAUUUAUUCUUUUCAGUUAAUGCUUCCGGACAUUUUUGUGGUAUGGCUGAAAUGAUGUCACCUCUUGAUUAUGAACAUCAAACGGAUGUUUGGUCAAUGUCAAAUAAAUGGCAAGGUAAAUUCGAAGUUAAAUGGAUUUAUGUUAAAGAUGUACCAAAUCAACAAUUUCGUAAUAUACGUUUGGAAAAUAAUGAUAAUAAACCAGUAACAAAUUCACGUGAUACACAAGAAAUACCUUAUGAAAAAGGUAAAUUAAUGUUAAAAACUAUGCAUUUGUACCGUGAUAAAACAUCAAUAUUUGAUGAUUUUCAAUAUUAUGAAUCAAAACAAGCUGAAGAAGUAGUUAAAAAACCUUCAAAUAAUGAUUUUAAUAAUAAUACAGCACGUGAAAAUAAUAACAAUAAACGACAAUAUUCAUCAAACAAAUCAUCAUCAUCAUCCGUUCAAUUAGAGCAACAACAACAACAACAAAAUGAAAAUACAGACAAUGAUGAAAAUAAUUAA